ACUUCCCUUUCAACUUCAAAUCCCAAAUCCCAAUUCCCAUAUCGGAAAACUUUUUCCCAGUCUCCCACGGAUUCACCGAUCAUUCACAAAUGAACAUCAUAAUUACAUUGUUAAAAAUAUCCAAGCUUUGGUUACCUUAGCUUCAAAAUCGUCUAGGGCUUUUGGGUAAUUUUCAAAUUCAGCAAUGAAUUUGGGCGAUCUUCACAAGGUUUGGGAAACCAAAGCCCUGAAAAAGCCUGGACAAGACGAGGCAAAGAAGAUGCUUGAGAAAAUAGCCAAGCAGGUCCAACCCAUUAUGCGCAAACACAAAUGGAGGGUCAAAGUCCUCUCUGAGUUCUGUCCAAAAAAUCCAGCUCUUCUGGGGUUGAAUGUGGGAGGUGGGGUGCAUGUGAAGCUGAGGCUUCGAAGGCCGAACAGGGAUUGGGAUUUCUUCCCUUUUGAUCAAGUUCUUGAUACUAUGCUUCAUGAGCUUUGCCAUAACGCCCAUGGUCCUCACAAUGCCAGCUUCUACAAGCUGUGGGAUGAACUUAGAAAGGAAUGUGAGGAGCUGAUGACCAAGGGUAUAACUGGCACAGGUGAUGGAUUUGAUCUUCCUGGGAGGCGUUUGGGUGGUUUCUCUCGUCAACCUCCUCUUUCGUCUCUCCGCAAAACUGCACUAGCAGCUGCAGAAAAGAGAGUGCGUUUGGAAUCUCUCUUGCCUUCUGGACCGAAGCGUCUUGGUGGUGAUAGUACCAUUAUGGUUUCACUUAGUCCAAUACAAGCUGCUGCAAUGGCUGCAGAAAGAAGAUUACAGGAUGAUAUCUGGUGUGGUUCUCAGUCUUGUGAAGCUUCUGGGGAUGAAGAAAGUAGCUCUGAUAUCUUGCAGGACCUUGUACAUAUGGAGCAAAGUGCAGGAGGUUCAAGGCUAGAUGGUGGUUCAAGGACACGUGCUGCGGAUGCAGCAGUAUCUCGAAAAAGAAGUCGGGAAACAGAUCAAAGUUCAUUUGGUCAAUCUUCCAAUGAUCAUGUGGAAUCCAAUUUUGUUGAUUUAUCUAUGGAUGCUUCAACCUCUGGGUCCAUGCUUGAUCGUGACAAUAGAUCUAAAAAAAGAAUUGGUAAUUCAGAUAACACUUCAUUUUCUCAGUCUACUUGUUGGCCUGAACCUGAUUUCGUGGAUUUGUCCUGUCCUUCAUCUUCUGGGCCAGUGCUUAGUUGUGAUACAAUGUGUGAUAGAACACUGAACUCAGAGGAACCUGCUAUGUGGGAGUGUGGAACAUGCACUUUAUUGAAUCCACCGCUGGCUCUAGUAUGUGAGGUUUGUAGCACACAAAAGCCAAAAGAUGCUGGUAUCAAGUACACAAUCUGGUCCUGUAAAUUUUGUACGUUGGAGAACAGUGUGAAGUUGGAGAAAUGCUCUGCGUGUGAUCAGUGGAGAUACUCACAUGGACCACCAGUGUCCAUCAAAUCAUUUCCAAGAACCUGAUCUUGGCACUUGAGAGGUACCAUUUAAUCGGCCAAUGAUCUCCCAUGUAUCUUUGGACUCUUAAAAGUUAUUGGAUAUACAAUAACUUUACCAAUUUACUUUUUGGUUAAGUUGUUAUGGACAUUCUCUUGGGAAUGAGAUUUAUAAAAUUCUUAAUCAAAUUUUUGUUCACA